GAGACGUCAAAGUGUAUGGUGCGUUUUGUUUUGGUUCAUGUUGCAUCUGGAUGUAUAGCGAGCGUUUGCGGUCUCAGUGACGAGGUUUUGUUGUAAUUUAUGUAGCCAGCUUUCUGUCACGUUGCCAACGUCUCUCAGAACUCCUCCUCUCACCGAGCCAUCGCCUCCCCUGGUUGAGGAGCGCCAGCCCCUCUACGACACGCUCCUCCCGUAUCCUGUGGCUAACGAUAUCGUUAGCUAGCUAACCCGAUUCAUCCAUGUCCGCUGAAGAAGGCUUGAGUUCAGCGAUCUCGGACUGGCUCCUUUUCAAUUCGUGGUGGCUCCUUCUGCCGUUCAUCAUGUUACUGGUCGUCGCCGCAUUCAUCGUGGCCUUCGUGCUGCUGCUGUACAUGAUAUCUCCGCUGAUUAGUCCCAAACCUCUCAAAUUAAACGGGGCCCACGUCGUGGUGACUGGCGGCUCCAGCGGAAUUGGGAAAUGCAUCGCCAUGGAGUGUUACAAACAUGGGGCGUUCAUCACGCUGGUGGCACGGGAUGAGAGCAAACUGGUUCAAGCCAAGAAAGAAGUUGAAAAGUGUGCCAUAAAUGACAAGCAGGUGGUGCUUUGCAUAUCCGUCGACGUCUCCAAGGACUACGGCCAAGUGGAGAGCGUCAUAAAGCAAGCGCAGGAGAAGCUGGGGCCCGUGGACAUGCUGGUGAACUGUGCCGGGACGUCCAUCUCUGGGAAGUUCGAGGAGGUGGAAGUGGACCGUUUCCGAAGGCUGAUGGAGGUGAACUACCUGGGCAGCGUGUACCCCACCCGGGCCGUGAUCACCACCAUGAAGGAGCGGAGGAUGGGCCGCAUCAUGUUCGUGUCGUCGCAGGCGGGGCAGAUCGGCCUGUUCGGCUACACGGCCUACUCCCCCUCCAAGUUCGCCCUGCGCGGCCUGGCCGAGUCCCUGCAGAUGGAGAUGAAGCCAUAUAAUAUCUAUGUGACUGUAGCCUACCCUCCCGACACAGACACUCCAGGCUUAGCAGAGGAGAAUAAAACAAAGCCCUUGGAGACAAAGCUGAUCUCAGAGACGUCGGGGGUGUGCCAGCCGGAGCAGGUUGCUAAAAUCGUCGUCAAGGAUGCAGUGCAAGGGAACUUCACCAGCUCCAUCGGGCCGGAUGGCUACAUGCUAUCAGCUCUCACCUGUGGAAUGUCACCUGUCACAUCCAUCACCGAGGGCCUCCAGCAGAUUGUGACCAUGGGGCUCUUCCGGACGAUCGCUCUGUUCUACCUGGGGAGCUUCGACAGCAUUGUGCGCCGGUGCAUGAUCCAGAGAGAGCAAGAGUCCAAGACUGGAGACAAGAGCGAGUGACCCCCCCACCCCCACCC